GCGGCUUGGCGUCGCGACGCCACCAACGCCUCAGUUACUCGACGACGCGCACCGUGACCACUCGACUCGCUCCUGAAUUUCCACCGCGCUGACGAUGUAAACAAACGCCUGCAUCUUCUGACAUUCCAUGCAUCAUGGAUGAUGACAGCGACCUCUUUAAUUUCCCGAUACGAUACCGGCCUGAAAAACUGCAGAAUUUGUGUUCCAAAACUAAAUUUACGCGGAAAGAGAUUCAGUUGAUGUACAGAGGGUUUAAACAAGAAUGUCCUAGUGGAACUGUUGAUGAAGAAGCUUUCAAACAUAUUUUCGCACAAUUUUUUCCGCAAGGAGAUGCUACAAAUUAUGCCCAUUACGUUUUCAACACGAUGAAACAGAAAAACACGGAAAAAAUCAAUUUCGAGAAUUUUUUAGACAUCUUAUCAAAAGUAUCCAGAGGCAGCGUACAGGAAAAACUCCAGUGGGUGUUUGGCCUCUACGACUUGGACGGUGACGGAUUAAUCUCAAAAAACGAAAUGGUCGACGUCGUCUCCAGCAUUUACGAGAUGAUGGGAAGAUCUACGCAACCCUCUGUAGAGAAUGGCAGUGCUAAAGAACAUGUCGAUAAAAUAUUCCACUUGAUUGAUUCGAAUAAAGAUGGCGUUGUGACGAUAGAAGAAUUAGUGCAGUGGUGCACACGAGAUGAAAGCUUCUUGAAUUCCUUGAAUACUCUUGAUACUGUGUUGUGAUAUUGAUAAACAAAUUAAAAGAAAGAAAAGAAAGCAAUUUAUGAUUAAAAAUCUUCAAAAUAGAUUGCAACUAAACUCUUCAGUAUUAUUCUGUAUGUUAAAUAUCAAAAUAUUUAAUUUAGGUUAUGUUAGGUUAGAAUAAAUGAAAUACGGAUUAAAA